AUGGAGUGGUUACAGAUGGUAACACCUGAGGAAAUAGUACAUGUAGGUAGGAAGACAAAUACAGUGGAAGAACUAGAGGCAGCCGUAAGGAAGUACGUAGAGAACAGAAUUAAGGUGAAACAUACAUACGACCCUGUAUGCGGUGAAUGUGGUAGUAAGUCUAUUGUGAUGAUAGAUGGAGCAGAUGUAUGUACACGUUGUGGUGCCAGUGAUAUGAAUAACUUUACGUACUAUGUUAGUUACAAUCAUAACAAGGACGACUAUCUUAAAAAGAAAACUUGUCAUAAUAGGGUCCGUUGGUUUGAGAGACAUUUAUUCGAACAUGUUGCUUCUAGGGAUCGGGACAUAGUAAGGGAGCAGUUUAGAAGCAUCGUGAGAUGUAUACAGAGACUUAGACUGCAGAGGGGGCGCAACAUAGUUAGAUAUAAGUUUUACCUGCUGAGGAUAGCCAGCAUGAACGGCAUUUCCUUGAAGAACCCUCCCGAGGACAUUAAGACUCAAUGCAUUGUGGACGUUCUUGAGGAUAGGUUGUAUGGUAAGGUUUUUGUUGAGCUCGGAUGGAAACCUGAGAAUUGUAAAUUUUAUAACAACUGGAAAUUAAAACACUUAAAGAAAUAUUAA